AUGUCGUUACCACUGAACCUGGCCCAAAUCGCUCUUUCUGAUGCAAAUCGCUGGUUUGCUGGACAGGAGCCCUCCAAAACAAAGUUCACCCGGGAGGACUCUCAUUGGAGGCGGUGCGUUUCACUGAACGACGAGGAUGACGGUGAAGACCAGCAAACGGAUACAUAUGAUCCGGCCUGGGACCGGGAUGAAGGUCAAAACAGUACCAGCGGCGCUUUUAUCGUUUGUGGGAUUCCCGGCAUCGGGAAGAGUUAUUUUCUGUAUUACCUUCUUGUAGAACGUCUCCUCAGGCGCCUUCCCACUUGUUUUCACAAUGUCUGGUUUCUUGUGGACUCAAAUGAGCAAAACAUAUCUCUCGCAGCCAUAUCAGCUUCGGGUGCACGGUUAAUCCAAGCGGCUUCCCCGGGGAGGGCUCGUCUCCGCUGGAUUGAGAAGCAGAAUGCCUUCGCCUACGUGUGGCUCAUGAAGCCCAGCUCAACACGAGAACUGUUGAUCAUGAGUCAGUUUUGGCCUGAUAGCAAAUUCGUGACAAAGGAAGAAGUGAAGACGUUUGCGACCGCUUAUGGCCCAUCCAUUCACUUUAUCCACCGAUAUGCCCGUGAACUCGACCGAUACCGUUCUAAACUGCAGUCCCUGAUUCAGCAAUUCACUCUCGGCGAACUCAGAAAACUGAUUCUCCGUACACAGGAUUUGGACGUGGACGAACAAGGCAUUUCGCAUUGGAUCCUAGGUAUAUACCCGGGUGAUGAACGUAACCAGAUUACACUUGGUUUCCACACGUCCAAAGUUUUCGAUCUCGUAAAAGCAGCCUUUUCCGAGAGUUGGAAUUCGUACGCCCCGCAGAUUUAUGUACGGCUCAACCGGGUUGGGCAAACGCGAGGCUCUGCAGGACUACUCUUGGAGGAUAUCCUUCACCGAGACUUGCCAAUGGGCGGGUAUUGGAAGGCAACCCAGUUGGAAUCGAAGAACCAGAGGAUCGAGGAUACCAUCUUUACAACGACCUCGCCUGGAGAUCCCAGAACCGAGAGAUAUCUGGUCGUCGGCCCCAAUACAGACAUCGUCGAAGCUGCACCCAAAAGAUCCUCUCGUCCCCAACCUCUCGCAUCGCACCGGUAUGAAAUUGAAGAAGCUCACUCGGGGAUCGCCAAUGUUUCAUGGUAUAAUUUGGGCUAUUAUAUACCAUUCAGCUGCAAUCAAGCGACGUCGUUCAACUCAUUUAUCGUCAACCCCCAACUCCGAUCUGUAUAUGUGUUGCAGUUCACUGUCUCCAAGGAACACCAGGUCAACAAGGAGGGAUUGGAGUUCUUACUGGAGCACUACAGCGGUUACAACCUUUACUAUGUUCUGUUUGGUGUCCGGGAGGAUGUCAAACUUGUCGUACCCAGGGGCUUUGAUGGAAAGUGGGUUUCACUGUGGUAUGUGCACGCCACGGAGGAUGCACUGCUGAAACAACAAACUGAAGCUACUGGAACACCGAAGUCUGGAGUUGUGAGAGGAUAA